CACACUACAAUCUUCCCUCCCUCCCUCCCUGUCCCUGUCCCUUUCACCUUCGUUUCUUUCUUAUCUUCCUUCUGAAUCCUAAUGGAAAUGCCAUGACGAACAGAAUCAUCUCUGCUUCUAAGAAAUGGAUUCUUGUUGUAGGUACUCCACUGAUGAUGAAUCUCUUACUGUUAUACCUGUUAGCUGGCUGCCUUUUGAGUGAACUGAUUUUGGUUUCUCAUUUAUGGUGGAAGAUUUACAUCUCAAAGCUCGGUUGACAUUUAUCCUAGCUGCCUUGGCAGGCUCAAAUGGCCAAGGCUCAGUAUAUCGCAUUCUACAUCACAGUAUGCUGCAUUGCUUUUAUAGUAUCAAAGAUAGUUAUUUCAGUCCUUCUCUACAAGCGAUGGAAAAGAAAGCACUUGAUUUAUGAAGAAGAUGGCUUUUCAGGUGGGAAGAUGGUGAUGUUCAAGUCUGCAAUGAUGCAAUCUCUAAAAUCCCAUGAGCUCUUCAAGAAGACACUGAAAUUGAGCUACAAGGACAUAAUUGGAUCCGGAGGGUAUGGGACGGUGUACAAGUUGAUGCUAAACGAGUCUACUGCAUUUGCUGUGAAAAGACUAAACAGGGGUACUGCGGAAAGAGAUCGAGGAUUCGAGAGAGAGCUGGAGGCCAUGGGGGAUAUAAAGCAUAGGAAUAUUCUCACUCUUCAUGGAUAUUGCACUACGCCUCAAUAUAAUCUUCUAAUAUAUGAGCUCAUGCCUAAUGGAAGUUUGGACACGUUCCUGCAUGGAAGAUCAGUAGAGACUAAGCUUUUGGAUUGGCCUUCCAGAUAUAAGAUAGCACUGGGUGCAGCAAGAGGAAUAUCAUACCUGCAUCAUGAUUGCAUCCCCCACAUAAUUCACCGAGAUAUCAAGUCAAGUAAUAUAUUGCUGGAUCAAAACAUGGAAGCUCAAGUUUCUGAUUUCGGAUUGGCCACAUUGAUGGAACCUGACAAGACUCAUGUUUCCACGUUAGUAGCAGGAACUUUUGGAUACCUAGCUCCUGAGUACUUUGAUACAGGGAAGGCGACCGUGAAAGGGGAUGUAUACAGCUUCGGAGUUGUCCUGCUCGAACUUCUAACUGGAAGGAAACCAACAGAUGAAGAGUUUUUCAAGGAAGGAACCAAGCUUGUAACAUGGGUGAAGGCAGUUGUCGAACAUAAAAAGGAAGAGUAUGUCCUUGACAGUAGCUUAAAGUGCAGUCCUGCUGAUGAGAUUAGCAAAGUAUUCAGAAUUGCAUUCUUGUGCCUUGAACCAGAGCCCUCCAAGAGACCUACCAUGGCUGAUGUUGUCAAGAUGCUUGAGCAAGCUAAAUCAGAGAGGGUUGUGGAAGAGUAUUAUUAUUUAUGUAUUGACUAAUCCUUUCUCUAGAAAAUUGGAUGUGUACUUUAUGGCCAAUUAAUAGAUGUUCAUUAACAGACAA